AUGAUGAACUUUGAAAGUCGUUUUAAAUCUGAUGAAUGGAUUGAAGCAAUUGAUUUCAAUAUAUUUCACAUAUCCGGUGGUUCUAUACUAAAUAGUCUUUGUUGUGAACCAUUUCUCGAUACUUGUGAUCAGCAAGUGGAUUUGAAUUUUAACGGAGAUUCGUAUGAUGAAUUCAAACAUGCUGUUGUCAGUACAUUUGCCAAUUUGACAUUAAUUAUUUCGAAAAAAAAUAGUUAUCGUUCAAAUAACACAUUGAUACAAAAAGAUAAUGGCAUCUAUUUCGCCAAAUUACAUGUUGGUGUCACAUUAUGUUUUCGUUUUAAAUAUGUUCCUGAUGCAAUAGCUCCAAUAUCGUAUGUCCUUCACUCGAGUGAUAUCGACAUUAGUCAAAUUGCAUAUACAGGUUCACAAGUAGUAUGCACAUUUGCUUUUCUUCAAGCCAUUGCAACUAAAUCAUUUAUUUGCUAUACUCUAUAUGAAGAUAUGACAAAAUGCGUUUACAAUCGAAUUAAUCGAUACUGUCAAAGAGGUUUUGUUUUUCUCGAACCUCAAUCAUUCAAUACUGCAUGCUAUUCUGAUGUCAUGGUUAAAACGGUAUUCGACACGAAAACAGUAGAAACACGACAAAUAUUGGAUGAUGAUGGAGAAUUUCAAACUGCAACCAUUACACGCGAACCGAGCAUAUUACCAUUCUUUAAUGUUGAUCCUUGUUUCCUUCAAGAGGCUUUCAUCAAACAAAUUUGUUCUGAAAAAAAUUAA